ACGCUCAGUGUAGCACCACUAACAAACCGGUUACCGGAGCCGCCCGUUACUGUCAACUUUAAGAAAUGGAUUUCAGCUCGAGAGGAGUGAACGGGAGCCCGAGCGGCCCCCACGGCGCGUGAUUGUAGAACGAGAUCAAAAGGCGCGUGGUCUGCGCGGCGGCCGCCUCCGUUUUUUAUUCUCACUGAGCACAGUCCUGUGCAGCGCGUGCUGCUGAUCGGUCGGUUGGCCGCUCCGUCCUGUUUUUUGCUCUUGUGUGUCUCGUGUGUGUGUGUGAGCGCUCGUGUCCUGUUGUCUGCAUGUGUGGUUUGCGCGUGAACCGGCGGAAUCAAAGACGAAGCAGGCCAGCGCGAGCCAGCGAGGAAGGCAGGCAGGCAGGGCACAGAGGCAGCCCGCGAGCGCUCAGCUAGCAACCGUACGUUACACUGCGAGAGAUGGUCACGUCCGCACCGGGGAUCCUUCUGCUGCCGAUGCUAAUAUGUCUCCAGCACUGCGUAGACGUCCACGGUACAAAGACAGAAUGUGAGGCCAACCAGUUUCAGUGUGGAAACGGUCGCUGCAUCCCCUCCGUCUGGCAGUGUGACGGAGAUGAGGACUGCACCGACGGCAGCGACGAGAACUCCUGUGUUAGAAAGACUUGUAUGGAGGUGGACUUUGUGUGUCGCAAUGGCCAGUGUGUCCCGAAGAGAUGGCACUGUGAUGGGGAGCCUGACUGCGAGGACGGGUCUGACGAGAGCGUCGAAAUAUGCCACAUGAGGACGUGUCGUGUGAACGAGUUUAGCUGCGGAGCGGGCUCCACUCAGUGUAUCCCCAUCUUCUGGAAAUGUGACGGAGAGAAGGACUGUGACAACGGAGAGGACGAGAUCAACUGUGGCAACAUCACCUGCGCUCCUAAUGAGUUCACGUGCGCCAGCGGUCGCUGCAUCUCCCGGAACUUUGUGUGCAACAGUGAGGAUGACUGUGGCGACGGCUCCGAUGAGGUGGAGUGCGCGCCGUCCUCCUGCGGUCCCAGCGAGUUCCAGUGUGGGAACUCAUCGUGCAUCCCGGCCAGCUGGGUGUGUGAUGAUGACGUCGACUGCCAGGACCAGUCAGAUGAGUCUCCGUCUCGUUGCGGCCGUCACCCAACACCGCCUGCCAAGUGUUCCUCCAGUGAGAUGCAGUGUCGCUCAGGAGAAUGUAUUCACAAGAAGUGGAGGUGUGAUGGAGACCCUGACUGCAAGGACGGCAGCGAUGAAGCCAACUGUCCUGUACGCACUUGUGGACCGGAUCAGUUCAAAUGUGAUGAUGGAAACUGCAUCCUGGGCAGCAGACAGUGUAACGGCCUCAGAGACUGCGCCGAUGGAUCAGACGAAGUCAACUGUAAAAACAUGACUCAGUGUAAUGGACCAGAGAAGUUCAAGUGUCGCAGCGGGGAGUGUAUCGAGAUGAGCAAAGUGUGCAACAAGGCCCGAGACUGUCCCGACUGGAGCGAUGAACCCAUUAAGGAAUGCAAUCUAAAUGAGUGUCUCCUGAACAACGGCGGCUGCUCUCACAUCUGCAAAGACAUGGUGAUUGGCUUCGAGUGUGACUGCACACCUGGACUUCAGCUCAUAGACCACAAGACCUGCGGAGACAUCAAUGAGUGUCUGAACCCCGGCAUCUGCAGUCAGAUCUGCAUAAACCUGAAGGGUGGGUACAAGUGCGAAUGCCACAACGGCUACCAGAUGGAUCCGACCACCGGAGUCUGCAAGGCUGUCGGUAAGGAACCCUGCCUGAUCUUCACUAACCGCCGUGACAUCCGUCGUCUGGGUCUGGAGAGGAAGGAGUACACUCAGAUUGUGGAGCAGCAGAGGAACACAGUGGCUCUGGAUGCGGACUUUGACCAGCAGAUGAUCUUCUGGGCUGACCUGGGCCAGAGAGCCAUUUAUAGUACUGUGCUGGACAAACGAGGGGACGUCAGCACCCACAACAAAGUGAUCGAUAACGUCCAGACUCCUGUCGGAAUCGCCGUGGACUGGAUCUAUAAGAACUUGUACUGGUCUGAUCUCGGCACCAAAACCAUUUCUGUAGCCAACUUCAACGGCACCAAGCAGAAAGUUCUCUUCAACAGAGGCCUCAAAGAGCCGGCAUCCAUCGCUGUGGAUCCGCUGUCUGGGUUUCUGUACUGGUCUGACUGGGGGGAGCCAGCCAAGAUUGAGAAGUCUGGUAUGAAUGGGGCGGACAGACAGGUUCUGGUGGUGAAUGACAUCCAGUGGCCUAAUGGAAUCACCCUGGAUCUGAUCAAAGGCAGGCUGUACUGGGUCGAUUCUAAGCUGCACAUGCUCUGUAGCGUCGACCUGAACGGAGACAACAGGAAGAAAGUACUCCAGUCUCCAGACUACCUUGCUCAUCCCUUCGCUCUCACUGUUUUUGAGGAUCGAGUCUUUUGGACGGAUGGCGAAAAUGAAGCCAUCUACGGGGCGAAUAAGUUCACAGGUUCCGACGUGGUGACGCUGGCCAGCAACCUGAAUGACCCCCAGGAUAUCAUAGUGUACCACGAGCUGAUCCAGCUGUCAGGUACUAACUGGUGUGCGGAGAAAGGUGAAAACGGAGGCUGUAGCUACAUGUGUCUGCCUGCGCCACAAAUCAACAAACACUCCCCCAAAUACACCUGUGUGUGUCCAGAGGGACAGGAGCUGGCUGCUGACGGCUUACGCUGCAGACCUGACCACUCUACCAAAGGUUCCUCAAAGGAUGAUGGGAAAGCUCUAAUACAGCCACCCUCAGAAGCCAACGUGAGCACGUCGAUCCAAGUGAACUCCACAGCCAGAGGGUCUGCAGCUGCCUGGGCCAUACUGCCUGUCUUGCUGCUGGCGAUGGCGGCAGCAGGCGGCUACCUGAUGUGGAGAAACUGGCAGCUGAAGAACCAGAAGAGCAUGAACUUUGACAACCCUGUUUACCUGAAGACCACAGAGGAAGACCUCAACAUCGACAUCACCCGGCACGGUGCCAAUGUGGGCCACACCUACCCUGCGAUUUCGAUAGUGAGCACAGACGACGAUUUAUCAUGAUCGUUUUUGUUUUUACGGCAACCCGGAGUGUUGCGUGGUGCCACCUCGUUCCCAUGCGCCGCCGGUUGUCCGUAGCAGCAGCAGCAGCAGCCCUUACAGUACGACCACAUGCCUUCUGAAGUGCAUUAUGUCAUUAUCUGUGGAGAGGAUGACUUGAGGAAAUGUUAUUUAUUAUGUGAAUACUACAAUGAAUUAUGUGUCCAUAACUAUUUUCACUCAAUGCAUCCAAAGUGUUAAGGAUUUUUUGAUUUUUUUAUUUUUUUGGUCCUGAAUUUUCUUGGGCCACGGCUUCCUGUCUUUUUUUUUUUUUUUUUUUUUUUGCCCCAUCCUCUUAAAGGAGUCCAACAUCUUUUCACAACAGAGAGAAACGCUGUGAAUUUCCUCGGUUUGAUCACCUAACGGGGCUUUCUGUGUUCAAACUGAGGUGGAAAACUUACAAGAGGACACAGUAUUUCUCUCAACAAACAGAUCGACUCUGCUGGACAGGAUUUAAAACCAGAUCUGAGCUGUCAGGAUCUGACGUGACAGCGUGAGACUCCUUUUUUGACCAUAUUCUGAGAAGUGAGGCACUCAUGGGGAAUUUAAUCCAAACUUUAUUUCUUGCCCCUCUGAUCCAACGGGCUCAGACGUGUGAAUAUUUAUGUACGAUCAUGUUUUGGGCAGUAAUAUCUAAGAUGUAACUUUUCUUUUAUUUGCUAAUUUUAAUUUUGUUAUUUUUAUGAUUUCGUCAAUGGUACCUCCUGGAGUGCAUUCUUACAAGCUGUUUUUUCAGCCAGUGUUCAUUACUAUUAUUAUUAUUAUUAUUAUUAUUAUUAUUAUAGAAGCUGUGUAAGGAUCACCAUGGUUACAACAUUUGUAAACACUGUACAUAUUUACCCGUCAUCCCUCAAAGACAUGACCGUCAAUCAGGACUCUCUUCAAUGCACUUUGAUCAAAUGUUCCUUGUGUAAAUAAGAUUGUAUACAUUUGACUUGAAAUCAAUUUUUUGCUAUGGUUGGGCAUCAUACCAGGGUUAGAGUUCAGAUGUAUUUAACAAGAAAGAAAAAGCUGAAAAAAGGAGAAAAAAAAAUUACAACACAACUGAAUUUGGUAAAAACUAUUUUGUAUGUUUGUGUGCUGUUGCUGUGAACUUUUUCUAGCCUUGUACAGUGAGGGGGAAUACUACUAUUAAAACUUCAAAGCUCUGUAUCUGUGAAGAAACUGAUUUGAAAUUCACUUGAGAAUUAAAACCUGAUCCACAACGUUGU